GGGGCGGGAGGGGGCCCCGGCGGAUGAAGGUGGCAAUGUCUCUCAUCCGAGCGUGCCGCAGUCUGGCUCUCUCAACAUGGCUGCUUUCCUUUUGUUUCGUGCAUCUGCUCUGCCUGGACUUCACCGUGGCCGAGAAGGAGGAAUGGUACACCGCCUUCGUGAACAUCACCUACGCCGAGCCCGCGCCGGACCCCGGGACCGGGGCGGCGGGCGGCGGCGGCGGCCCCGAGCUGCGCACUGAGAAGACCGAGUGCGGGCGCUACGGGGAGCACUCGCCCAAGCAGGACGCGCGCGGGGAGGUGGCCAUGGCCAGCUCGGCGCACGACCGCCUGGCCUGCGACCCCGGCACCAAGUUCGCCGCCCCUGCCCACGGCAAGAACUGGAUAGCCCUCAUCCCCAAGGGCAACUGCACGUACAGGGACAAGAUCCGGAACGCGUUCCUGCAGAACGCCUCCGCCGUGGUCAUCUUCAACGUGGGCUCCAGCGCCAACGAGACCGUCACAAUGUCCCACGCAGGUGUAGAAGACAUCGUGGCAAUAAUGAUUCCUGAGCCAAAAGGGAAGGAGAUAGUAAGCCUGCUGGAAAGAAACAUCACCGUGACAAUGUACAUCACUAUAGGAACCCGGAACUUGCAGAAAUACGUGAGCCGCACUUCGGUUGUGUUUGUCUCCAUCUCCUUCAUUGUCCUGAUGAUCAUUUCCCUCGCAUGGCUGGUCUUUUAUUAUAUCCAGAGGUUUCGAUAUGCAAAUGCCAGGGACAGGAAUCAGCGCCGUCUGGGAGAUGCAGCAAAGAAAGCGAUCAGCAAGCUCCAGGUCAGGACCAUCAAGAAGGGAGAUAAGGAAACAGAGCCUGAUUUUGACAACUGUGCGGUUUGUAUUGAAGGGUACAAGCCCAAUGACAUUGUCCGGAUCUUGCCCUGCCGGCAGAAGCUGAUCAAGGUCUAAGUUGAAUAAACCAUUCAAAGACCCUGGGAUGUUGGUGCUUAUGUAGAACCUGCUCCACAAGAGUCAGGAUUCCUGUUUUCACUGACCAGUCAGAAUUUUCCACCAAGAUAAAAGAGGAAUGUGUCCUGGCUCCCUGUCGCUUAAGUCUUAAUAAUCUAUUGAUGAGCUGUUUACAUUUCGCCAUGUGCACCCCACCCUAGAGAAGACAGAGAAAAGCAGUUUCUCACAUACAGACAAUACAGUUUGGUUGUGUACUAA